GGGAGAGAAGUUGGGUCCGUGCUGAGUGUGAGAGAGAGGGGGGCGGGGGCCGGGGAGAGUGGGGCUGCUGGGCGAGUCGUCGCGUGAACAGAUAGACCUGCGGACGGGACAGCUGCGGCCGUAGGCCCUCCUAGCCCCGCUUAACCCCUGAUGCGCGGGGGGACGCAACACCUCUCCCCGGGGGAUGCUGCGGGAUUCUUGGCGCCGGGCAUCCGGGCAGCCCGCUAAACCCGUGUGCCUAUCCUGUGCCCCUGGGGGACCGGAGUCCGUCCGCAGGGAAAGAGAAGCGGCUGCCGAGACGCUGCAGGGUGCCAGGCGGGGAGGGGGCUGGAGGCCCCAGACCUGAGGGCAUGGAGCGAUUAGGGGAGAAAGCCAGUCGCCUGCUGGAGAAGUUAAGACUCUCGGACUCCGGCAGCGCCAAGUUCGGCCGCAGAAAGGGUGAAUCUAGCCGGUCUGGGUCUGAUGGGACCCCCGGGCCGGGCAAGGGGCGCCUGAGUGGGUUGGGAGGACCUAGGAAAUCAGGGCCCCGUGGAGCUACUGGGGGACCUGGGGAUGAGCCAUUGGAGCCAGCCCGGGAGCAAGGCCCCCUGGACACUGAGAGGAACCCGCGCGGCUCCUUUGAAGCGCUGCGCUACGAAUGCUCCUAUCCCGGGGGGCCGCCUCCUACCCGGGCCUUGCCUCUACCUCAGUCAUUGCCCCCCGACUUUCGGCUGGAGACCACGGCCCCAGCCCUAAGCCCCCGCUCCAGUUUCGCCAGUAGCUCAGCCAGCGACGCGAGCAAGCCGUCCAGCCCCCGGGGCAGUCUGCUGCUGGACGGGGCGGGGGCUGGUGGAGCGGGAGGUAGCCGACCCUGCAGCAACCGUACCAGCGGCAUCAGCAUGGGUUACGACCAGCGCCACGGCAGUCCCCUGCCCGCCGGGCCCUGCCUAUUUGGCCCACCCCUGGCUGGGGUUCCGGCGGGCUAUUCCUCUGGAGGGGUGCCGUCUGCCUACCCCGAGCUCCACGCUGCGCUGGACCGACUGUGCGCUCAUCGGCCCGCGGGGUUCGGCUGCCAGGAAAGCCGCCACUCGUACCCCCCGGCCCUGGGCAGCCCGGGAGCUCUAGCUGGGGCCGCAGUGGGAGCGGCAGGCCCUUUGGAGAGACGAGGGGCGCAACCCGGACGACACUCGGUGACCGGCUACGGGGACUGCGCCGCGGGCGCCCGAUACCAGGAUGAGUUAACAGCGUUGCUGCGCCUGACGGUGGGCUCAGGUGGGCGAGAAGCCGGCGCCCGCGGGGAACCAUCGGGGGUCGAGCCAUCGGGUCUCGAGGAGCCGCCCGGUGCUUUCGUUCCGGAGGCCGCCCGUGCCCGGAUGCGGGAGCCGGAGUCCAGAGAGGACUAUUUUGGCACCUGUAUCAAGUGCAACAAAGGCAUCUAUGGGCAGAGCAACGCCUGCCAGGCCCUGGACAGCCUCUACCACACCCAGUGCUUUGUCUGCUGCUCCUGUGGGCGAACUUUGCGUUGCAAGGCUUUCUACAGCGUCAACGGCUCUGUGUACUGUGAGGAAGAUUAUCUGUUUUCAGGGUUUCAGGAGGCAGCUGAGAAAUGCUGUGUUUGUGGUCACUUGAUUUUGGAGAAGAUCCUCCAGGCGAUGGGGAAGUCCUAUCACCCAGGCUGCUUCCGAUGCAUCGUUUGCAACAAGUGCCUGGACGGCAUCCCGUUCACCGUGGACUUCUCCAACCAGGUGUACUGUGUCACCGAUUACCACAAAAAUUAUGCUCCGAAGUGUGCGGCCUGUGGCCAACCCAUCCUCCCCUCAGAGGGCUGUGAGGACAUUGUGAGGGUGAUAUCCAUGGACCGAGAUUAUCACUUUGAGUGCUACCACUGCGAGGACUGCCGGAUGCAGCUGAGUGAUGAGGAAGGCUGCUGCUGCUUCCCUCUGGACGGGCACUUGCUCUGCCACGGCUGUCACAUGCAGCGGCUCAGUGCCCGACAGCCCCCUGCCAACUAUAUCUGAGAUGCGUUCACCGCUGCUGCCAUCACCACCGUUGACAGAUUUCUCUGGCCAGUGGGCCCCUCUGGGGCCAGUCGAGGCAAGGAACGCUCUCUUUAGGCCUGGCAGAAGAGUCCUCUGGGGGGCCCCAAGGGCCAGAGACCCAAAGAUCAAGACAUUCCAAGUGGACUUGGAGGAGGAGCCCUCCAGUGCCAUGGUGGGGGUGACCGGCCCUCCUUCCACACGUGCAGGCCAUGCUGUAGCAUGUAACCUGGGCACACGCAGGCGGAUUCUAAUCUCUAUCUCCAGUAUGCAUUUCUGUACGAGUCAGGCAGUGUUCAGGUUCUGGGUUUGAGGAAGCGCGGUUAGCAUGGGAGCUCCUCACUCUGUUGUGCUCACACGUGGGAUCAGAUGUGGGGCAGACAGGCUCCGACUACAGUGUCUUAUCGCUGUAUCUGGAUGAAGAGGUGGAAACUCCAGACCUUAUAAAUGAGUUAUUUCUUGGCCUCCUGUCUGUGGACUAGGAGAGCCGCUCACCCUUCUGCUGGGAAUGGGAACCGACUCUGGGUGGGCCUGCUGCCUGUAUUGCCUGUUUCUCAGGGACACGUGUGGGCCUGGGGAGGCUAGGUGGCUGCCUGUCCGUGGUUCCUCUUCUCCUCGGCUGGGGGAGGUAAUGAGUGGGCCUCUGGGUGUGGAGUUGCUGAGUGAGAUGUCUAGGAAGCUUCUAGCCACUCUCCCUGCACACCCCUCCAGAGUGUGCUCACACACACACACACACACACACACACACACACACUCUCUCUCUCUCUCUCUCUCUUCUCAGGUCACUCUUUCACUUGUUUCAUUAGUAGUAGCUCAGCCUUCCAGACCUGCUGCCUCUCACAGGGAACCAGGAUGACAUCCUCUGCGGCUCCCAAGCUGAGGUUCCAGGAGCAAGAGGAGCAAACCUCUUUCGCUUGGUUCUAGUCAGUUUGGCUAGAUCUCUGGAAACCAAUUCACUGAAAACUUGUUUGCUUAAAGUUCACUUAAUGACAAGUUUGCCAAAAGCUCAAUUCCCUUUGGGGUAUUUUUAUAGCCAUUUAAUUGCUCUAUUCUUUUUUGUCACGGUUUGGGUAUUUCAAGGAUUUAUAUCUAUUCAUCCAAGAGUACUCCUGAGUUAUUAUUAGAAGCAUAAAUUUAUCAAAUUUGCAGCACUUUGUAAAUGAUGAGAUUGCUUCCUACCUUUAUGGAUUUCUUUUUCUGUGCUACCCACUUCUCAAACACUUUUUUUUUUUUAAAGUUUAAAGUUUCUAGCAAUAAAUAUAAUUGGUGCAGACA